CAAUGAUUGCAUUCAAUGUCUAAAAAAAAAAGUUCACUGUAAAUCUGGAGAUUUUUUAAAAAACACUCCAGACCUGACGAUGGCGGUAAUGUGCAGAGACAAAAAAGAGAACUGAAGAGGAACGAGAGAGGAAAACACAGAAAGAAAGAUGGCGGCCUUCACUGUGGCUCGUUCCUCCUGCGGACUUAUCACCGGGCUGAGGACGUCUCUCAGGGGUUUGGCUCAGACCAAACAUGUCGCAGUCGCUGCUUCAUUACCGCAGACCCGUGUUCACCGGGACAGCCGCUGGUACUCCGUCAGCCACCUGUCCGUCAAAGAGCGGAUUGACAACAAACGGAAGGCGGCGCUGGUUGGCGGAGGUCAGAAGAGAAUAGAAGCUCAACACAAAAAGGGUAAACUAACAGCCAGAGAGCGAGUGGAGCUGCUGCUGGACCCGGAGUCAUUUGUGGAGACGGAUAUGUUUGUGGAGCAUCGCUGUGCCGACUUUGGCAUGGAACAGGACGGGAACAAGUUCCCGGGUGACAGUGUUGUGACGGGACGAGGCAGGAUCAACGGCCGACUGGUCUACGUGUUUAGUCAGGACUUUACAGUGUUUGGUGGCAGCUUGUCUGGAGCUCAUGCACAGAAGAUCUGUAAGAUAAUGGACCAGGCCAUGACGGUCGGAGCGCCUGUCAUUGGACUGAACGACUCUGGAGGAGCUCGAAUCCAGGAAGGGGUGGAGUCCUUGGCAGGAUACGCAGAUAUCUUCCUGAGGAACGUGCUGGCGUCUGGAGUUGUCCCUCAGAUCUCUCUCAUCAUGGGUCCGUGUGCAGGAGGCGCUGUUUAUUCCCCAGCUCUGACAGAUUUUACCUUCAUGGUCAAGGACACAUCGUACCUGUUCAUUACUGGACCUGAUGUUGUGAAAUCUGUCACCAAUGAAGAUGUGACUCAAGAGGAGCUGGGUGGAGCCAAAACACACACCUCUGUGUCUGGCGUGGCUCACCGUGCAUUUGAGAAUGACAUCGAAGCUCUCCUCAACCUGAGGGAGUUCUUCAACUUCUUGCCGCUCAGCAACCAAGACGCUGCUCCAAUCAUGGAAUGUCACGACCCGAGUGACCGUCUGGUACCUUCUUUGGACACCAUUGUUCCGUUUGAGACCACAAAAGCCUAUGACAUGUUGGACAUCAUUCAAGCUAUUGUGGAUGAGAGAGACUUCUUUGAGAUAAUGCCCAACUACGCCAAGAACAUCGUUGUUGGUUUUGCCCGUAUGAACGGACGCACAGUGGGCAUUGUGGGUAACCAGCCCAAAGUUGCUUCUGGUUGUCUGGACAUCAACUCCUCAGUGAAGGGAGCACGCUUCGUACGCUUCUGUGACGCAUUCAACAUUCCCAUCAUCACUUUUGUGGAUGUCCCAGGUUUCUUGCCAGGGACUGCUCAGGAGUACGGAGGCAUCAUCAGACACGGAGCCAAACUGCUGUACGCUUUCGCAGAGGCCACUGUGCCAAAAAUAACCAUCAUUACCAGAAAGGCGUAUGGAGGAGCCUACGACGUGAUGAGCUCCAAACAUCUGAGAGGAGACAUCAACUAUGCCUGGCCCACAGCAGAGGUUGCCGUCAUGGGCGCCAAGGGUGCAGUUCAGAUUAUCUUCAGAGGGAAUGAGAACCAAGCCGAAGCUGAGGCGGAAUAUGUGGAAAAGUUUGCUAAUCCUUUCCCAGCUGCGGUCCGAGGUUUUGUUGAUGACAUCAUUGAGCCUUCGACCACUCGCAGGAAGAUCUGCAGAGAUCUGGAAGUGCUGGCCAGCAAGAAGCAGGUCAACCCCUGGAAGAAACACGCCAACAUUCCUCUGUGAAACACACGCUGACGGUUUUACCAAUCCAACACUAACCAAAGGCCCUGACCUUUGAACCAAGUCUGUCACAACAAACUGCAACAACACCGACUGUACUGACGACCGUCAGCCGCUGCGUCAGACUUUGGUUUUUCCUGAAACAACCAGACGCCACUCCACCCACAGCUGAUUUUCUUUAUACCUGAGAGAGUCGUGCUUAGAAAUCUUCUCUCUCACUGUUACUUGUACCAGUGUAGAACUUUUUCAAACUGUAGAAUGUGUAAAAGCCUCAGACCCUCUAGUGAAACGUUUAGAAUUGGGUCAAAAUGUUGGUGCUGUG